UGGGAAGAAUCAUCAUUAAAAUGACAAGUAAAAUAGAGCGCGGUGUGCGAUUCAACUGUGAACCUGGAACACCAUCAUUUUCUUAUAGCGGCUGUGCCGGUUUAAUUUUCUCAGACUACUGAGCUUUUAAUAAAUUAGAACACAGAAAAAGAAACACCAACAGAAGAACAACAAGGUAAUUCACAAUAAUAUUUGCUGCUCUUCUACGAGAUUAGUGCUGACUUUGGGACAUUAAUCUCAACAUGUCUCUUUCUUUAACACCUGCAAAGAGACUGCAUAGUCGAAACCAUGAGAACUCAAAUGGGAAAAAGUUCCAAAAGUCGGCAAGUCUUAACUCACCAAAACAGCCUAGGAAGACGUCAUCUGGAGGUGCCAUUCUCCGUGUUCUUUGCCCAUCUUCUAGAAUUGAAAGCGUAAUUGAAAAGAAGAGCAAUAUCAUAUCACAAAUACGCCAAGAAACUGGUGCUAAAGUCAGAAUUGAUGACUCCGUUUCUGGAUGUGAUGAGAGGGUAAUCUUUAUAAUGGGUCUCGAUAAGGAAGAUGAGAGCAGCAACCAACAUAAAAAGAUUGACAAUGAGGACUCUAAGUCAUCCAAAGAGCAAGGCAGUUCUGAAGAUCACAAUGUAAACGAUGCUGACAAGGAAACUCCUACAAAUGUUGAUGAUCUAUUGUCCAAGAAGGGAACUUCAUCUGUGCAGAAUGCUUUGUUACUUUUGUUUAAAUUUUUUUUUGAAGGGGAGUGGGAGACAAAAUACACUAAUGAAGAAAGCAAUGGAUCUGGUACAGUCACUCUGAGGUUACUUGUGCUUUCCAGUCAGGUGGGAUGCCUUUUAGGAAAGGGUGGCUCUAUCAUUAAGCAGAUGUCUGCUGAAAGUGGUGCUCAGAUUCGAGUUCUUCCCAGGGACAAACUCCCUCAAUGUGCAUCUUCUGCUGAUGAAGUAGUUCAGAUCACAGGACUGGCUGAUGCUGUAAAGAAAGCACUCAGAACUGCUUCAGAUCAGAUUCUGGAAAAUGCAUCUCAUGAUAAUGAUUCUUCUCCUUCUAAUUCCUUUAAACCCACGUCUCAACCACACAGUAAUCAUGUUCCAAGGCCUGAAUCCUAUUCCCAUCGGUCGCUGCCUUCUCAUGGGGCAUUGGGUGGUGGAUUUCGUGAUAGUGCUGAUUUUCAUUCAGGUGCCCCCCCAUUGUUUCCCAAAUUCCAUGAAAAUUUUAUGCCUGGUAGAAUGGAUGCUCCUGAGAUUGUAAUCUUUCGAUUACUGUGCCCUGGCGAGAGGGUAGGAGGUGUGAUUGGAAAGGGCGGAGCUGUAAUUAAGACUAUCCAGCAUGAAACAGGGUGUGAGAUUAAAGUUCUUGAAGGUGCUUCGGAUGCAGAGGAACGCAUGAUACUUGUAUCUGGCCCAGCGCAUCCAGACGAUAGGAUAUCUGCUGUUCAGGAUGCAGUUCUUCGUGUGCUAAAUCGUGUUGCCAAAGCUAUACCUGAUAGCAAGGAGAAGGGUGUAAUGGCAAAGCUUCUUGUUCCCUCCAAUCAAAUUGGCUGCCUUCUAGGUAAAGGUGGCUCAAUCAUUGGUGAGAUGCGUAAGGUUACUGGGGCUUAUAUUCGUAUCUUGGGGAAAGAUCAGAUCCCUAAGAGUGCAUCUGAGAAUGAAGAAGUUGUUCAGAUUAAUGGAGAAUUGGAAGUAGUUCAAGAAGCACUUUUGCAGAUAACCACAAGACUUCAACAUCAUUUCUUCCGUGAUGCAUUUCCUUCCAUCAACCAUCCUUCAAAUCUUGCCUUUUCAGAUCGAGCACCCCCUUUUCCUUCAUUUAUGGGACGACGAGAAGUCUCUCCUCCAGGAAUGUUUCCAAAACACGGCCCUUCAUUUAGAAACACUGAUUAUAUUGGUUUGCCUCCUUUGCAUGGUGGAUUUCAUCCUCAUGAUGAACAUCCACCAUUUAUGCACGAUAUUCAUCGACAUGGAGGUCCUAAUAUCUCUGAAAGAUCCUGGCAUCCCCAGAAUUUGGAUCAUGGUGGUCCUAUGGGCUUGUUGGAUCAUGGUGGUCCCCCUCAAAGACGGAUGUCUGGAUUUGGAGGGGGAAGCCCACAACCUGUAAUCACAAAUACGACUGUGGAUGUAGUUGUUCCCAGUUCUCUUGUACCUAUAAUAUAUGGAGAGGAUGGUGGAUGCUUGAGACAAAUUCGACAGAUUUCUGAUGCAAAGAUUACAAUCACAGAUCCCAAACCAGGUGCUCCUGAAACCGUCAUCAUCAUUUCUGGAACUCCUGAACAAACUCAUGCUGCACAAAGUCUUAUCCAAGCUUUUGUAAUGCUUGAGAAUGAAUCUUCUUGA